GGCAGGCCGAGCCAAUUAAAUCGCCGAGAACCAUGUGUUCCUGAUCAUUUUAGGUGACCGACCGACCCGCCGGUAACUCACGCUUUGGGUCCUUGUUACCUCCGUUCGGAAUCCGGAAACAAUGACCCAGCUGAUGCGAACACCUUCCCGAGCGUUCGGCGGGCCAAUCACAUCGAGGGCGCUCCUCAGGAAUGCUCGCGAGCCUCGAGAGCCACGGAGCGAGGCGCCACCCUAUUGUGCUGCCCAGGCUAGCCUCCCGAAGCUGCUGUCGCGCAGCGGAAGUUGCCCGAUCCCAUUCGGAAGGGCACUAAGCCUGGUGCGGUGCGCAGUUCGUCAGUGUCUUGCAAGCUUUGGGAGAUGUCGGCUAAAUCCCCCGCUUCCAGCGGUCGACAUAGGACGAUGCCCACCGUCUAUGCACAUACUUGCCCGUCCGACCUACCUCAUCCGAGCGGCGCGCAUCCCCCAUAUCUUCCAAUCUAUCAGCUUCUCGCGUUCCCCGACCUUCCUCAGUGUCAAGCCUUUGACAAAGCAAGAAGGGAGCCCAGGGAUCCCAGGGUUUCUCUUCGACGUCAAGGUCUCCCUUCGCACGUCAACAGACACGGACCACAGUGGACGUUGAAUUCACCGCCUCAUGCUGGAAGAUCCCAACUCAAGAUCGCGAUCGAUGAGCUCAAAUGCGCACGUGAGCGGUUGAACUUGGCGCGUGCCUUGGUCCGUGCACAAUCACGUGCGCCAUGUUGAACUUUCGCGGCAACGGCCGAGAGUUGUGCGGGGAUGUCCGCCUUGUCCGCUCAUGCAGUCAAGCCCCAUCUUAGCCUUCCCAUCGUAGUGCGAACGCACGGCAGGAUGCAUGAUGCAUGAUGG